AUGAGCAGCUGCCUGGUGAGGGAGAUUUCCACCCCGGGGUUUGGGUGCGGACACGGAGAGAAGAUUGCUGCUGCAAUUACUCUCCUCUUCUUCCUCUUCAUCAAGCAAGCCUGGGCACAACGUGGGCCGUCGGAGGUGGUCGGGGCUGUUCAUGGGGUGGCGUAUCUCAGCCCCAGCCCACAAAAUAACAUCUCCUACCCCCAAUUCCACUGGCGGCGUGACAACGCUGUGAAAAUCGCCAUCUGGGAGAACGGGGUGAUGGUCCAGUCCCCCGACAGCAACUACGAGGGACGCCUGCAGCUCUUCCCCAACGCCACCUUAAAAAUCAGCCACCUGCAGAAAACCGACAGCAGUGUGUACCAGGUGUACCUGGAGGAUGCGAUGGGCAAGGAGCGCAUUGAAAGCGUCCACCUGAAGGUUUACGAUCUGGUCCCAAAGCCCAUUGUGAGCGCUGAAGUGACCAGGGUUGGCCCGGAGUUGUGCGAAGCCACCCUGCACUGCUCGGUGGGGCUCGAAGGGGUGACCUACGAGUGGAUUCGCACCCACAAGCUCCUGCCAGAGGGUGCAGGUGCCUCUGAGCAGCAUGUCUCUUUCAACCCCUCGUUAGAAGCCUACACCUGCAAAGUCAGCAACCCUGUCUCCUCCAACACCGCCUUGCUGACCUACAGGCACCCCUGCUCCUGGACAGGUGAGUCCUCUGCUGCUGCACCCUGCACCACCAUCAGCGUGCUGAUGGCCCUGGGACACCUCCUCCUCCUCCUCUUCCUCCUCACUGUGGCUUGA